AUGGCGUUGGACGUCGCUGCAGACGCCUCAGCAGCCCGUGUGCGCAAGGAGCGCGAGCGUGAGGAGGAGGACAUCUCUGUUGCAGUGCGCCACGUGCCAUCGCCACAGACGAGGUGGAAGCGUGCGACAGGGCAGGCGUGGAUGUAG